AGGCCGCCCGGGCCGGCGGCAGCAUGAGCCAGGCCGAGCUGUCCACCUGCUCGGCGCCGCCGACGCAGCGCAUCUUCCAGGAGGCCGUGCGCAAAGGCAACACGCAGGAGCUGCAGACGCUGCUGCAGAACAUGACCAACUGCGAGUUCAACGUGAACUCCUUCGGGCCCGAGGGCCAGACGGCGCUGCACCAGUCGGUCAUCGACGGCAACCUGGAGCUGGUGAAGCUGCUGGUCAAGUUCGGCGCCGACAUCCGCCUGGCCAACCGCGACGGCUGGAGCGCGCUGCACAUCGCCGCGUUCGGCGGCCACCAGGACAUCGUGCUGUAUCUCAUCACCAAGGCCAAGUACGCGGCCAGCGGCCGGUGAUGCCCGCCGGGCCCGCGCCGGCCCGCGCCGGCCUCCCGACCCUUCCUGCCAACUACCUCGGUGCCCGCCUGGAGCCCGCGGCCACCGCGAGGACGGCCCGGCCCCGGAACCCGCCGCCGCCCCGGGCCCCGGCGCCUUCCCCCGGCCCCGGCCCUCCCACCGCCUCGCGGGGGGGCGGGGCGGGCUCGGCCGCUUUUGAAAUCCGAGUCUCGCCACCGCGAGUUCGGAAUCCCGAGAUACCGGAUCCUCCGCUUUCUCCCGACGGCGACCGGAGCGCGCUCGGGCGGCGGGCGCCCGCGGGGACCCCGCCCGGCUUCCGUCCGCCCCGCGGCCGGCGCGCGCGACGACGGCGCCGCCGCUCCGGGACCACCUACCCCUCCGGGGGCGCCUG